GAAUUCCACAAUAGAGAUUAUUGCCUGACGAUACCUGUCAAAGAUGAUCUGAUUAGCAUGUAUCGAUUGUUAUGUCAAAGAUUAACACUGACAUUGGUUAUUAGGACAUUUCGUUUCGCAAUUAAGGAUGUAGACCUACUGUGAUUUUUGUACCUGUACGUUUUACUUUGUUAGUUAUUCACCUGUAAACUGAAAGUGGAAAUGGCUCUGUUGAGACGAAUUGGGUAUUAAUCAAAAUGUAUGGUUUUGUGAAAAGAGAUAUGAAGAGCAGUGUGUAUAAAGCAGUGUCCAAUUUUCUUCUUAAAACUGCACCUGAAGACUGGAGGAAAUUACCAGCCAACUCAGCAUCAUUCCAACUCAUGUUUGGAGAGAGAAACAAACUGCCAUUUGGAAGACUAGGACAUGACCCUGGAUUGGUACAGCUGGUUAAUUACUACAGAGGGUCGGACAUUCUCUGUAGGAAGACUGCUAUGGUCAGAUUAUUCAAAGAUUUCUUCAAAUCAACAUCAAAACCUCCCCCUAAAUGGUUACCUGAGUCUUUUAUACUUUGUCCUAAAGACAUUACCAGAAACUUACAGAAAGCUGGUGAACAAGGGGCUGUAUUAGUAUGCAAAUCACCAAAACCUGAUGAAAGGGAAGACUUUUUGAAAGCAGCUAAAAAGCUGGCAAAGCAGGAAGAAAAACCUGUAAUAUGGAUAGCAAAGUCUUCAGCUGGCUCAAAAGGAGAGGGAAUCAUGAUAUCAAGUAAUCCAAAAGAGCUGAUAGAAUUCGUAGACAAACAGACACAAGGUUUUAUAGUACAGAGAUACAUAAACAACCCGUACCUGUUAACAGGGGACAGAAAGUUUGAUAUAAGGUAA